AUGGAUUUAGCAAGGUAUAGGAAACCGUAUAUUUAUGGUGUUGAAUCAUUCCUAGAUUUUGCUUACUCUUAUGGAGAUCCUCAAGGACAAGAAAUUCAGUGUCCAUGUGCAAAAUGUUGUAAUAUUCGUUGGACUCGAAGGAAUGUAGUGUAUGAUCAUCUAAUAUGCUAUGGAUUUGUUAAAGGUUAUACUAGAUGGCUCAAUCACGGGGAAUGGGAUAUCAAGUUGAAUGUUGACGAUGAUAUGGAUUACUCGCGUGAUGAUAUUGAUGGGUUGUUAAAUGAUCAAUUUAGAGAUGUUGCACAGGCUGAAGGAGUUUAUGAUGGAUUCUCUAAAUUAUCAUUCACACUUCGCUUAUAUUUGUUGAAGUGUCUACAUGGAUGGAGCAAUGAAUCAUUCACUUCUCUUUUAGAGUUAUUAAAAGAGGCGAUGCCCGAGUUGAACAUUCCUCCGUCUUACAAUAAGACCAAGUCUAUGGUUAAGAAUCUCGGUCUUGAUUAUGAGAAAAUUGAUGCAUGUCCAAAUGAUUGCAUCUUGUUUAGGAAUGAUCAUAAGGAUGAUGAAUUUUUUCAUACUUGCGGAGCUUCACGAUAUAUUAAAAAUCCUGAAGUUGAUAGUGAGGUUGAGCCUUCUAAGAAAUCACAUCGAGUUUCAGCAAAGACUUUGAGACACUUUCCAUUAAUUCCUAGACUCAUAAGGUUAUUUAUGUGCUCAAAGAUGGCUGAUUCUUUGAGGUGGCAUGACGAGGAGCGUUUUAAAGAUAGAAAGUUAAGGCAUCCCGCUGAUGGUCAAGCAUGGAAAGAUUUUGAUAGGUUGCAUCCAAUUUUCGCACAAGAUUCUCGCAAUGUAAGACUUGGAUUAGCAAGUGAUGGGUUCAAUCUAUUUCGAACCAUGAGUAUAUCUCAUAGCACAUGGCCAGUUAUGUUGAUGGCGUAUAAUCUGCCGCCUUGGAUGUGCAUGAAAUCUGAAUAUUCUAUACUUUGUUUACUUAUACCUAGGCCACGAUCACCUAGAAAUGACAUUGAUAUUUACUUACAACCAUUGAUAGAUGAGUUAAAAUUGUUGUGGGAUUCUGGGGUUGAAACAUAUGAUGAUUCAAGAAAUCAAACUUUUCAAAUGCGAGCAGCUCUUAUGUGGACAAUCAAUGACUUUCCUGCAUAUGCUAUGUUGUCUGGAUGGAGUACAAAAGGAAAAUUUGCUUGCCCUUGUUGUAACUAUAACACUAAUUCUCACUAUCUUAAGCAUACUCGAGAAAUGUGUUAUAUGGAUCAUCGUUUUUUUCUACCCAUGGAUCAUCCAUGGAGAUCUAACAAAAGAUCUCUCAAUGGAAAAACUGAAUUCAGGCCUCCUCCACUUCUAUUAAAGGGAACCGAUGUGCUUAAUAGCUUACAAGAUUUUGAAAAUGUGUUUGGAAAGAAGAGAAAGAGAUCAAAUGAUGGCCCAUGGAAAAAAAGGUCAAUCUUUUUUGAAUUACCUUAUUGGCAACACAACUUGUUACGCCACAACCUUGAUGUAAUGCACAUAGAGAAGAAAAUAGUUGAUAGCAUACUUGGAACUCUUUUGGAUAUUCCUGGCAAAACUAAGGAUCAUGCAAAAGCCCGGUAUGAUUUGAAAGAGAUGGGAAUUAGAAAGAAUCUUCAUCCAAAAGAUACUGGAGAUAAUAAGAGAACAAAGUUUGCAAAAGCUUGCUUCUCAAUGACAAAUGGAGAGAAAUCAGUUUUUUGUGGAGUUUUAAAGACAUCCAAGCUACCUGAUGGUAGUUCCUCCAAUAUAUCUAGGUGUGUGCAAUUGGAUGAAAGAAAAUUGUCUGGUUAUAAGACCCAUGAUGCUCAUUCCAUGUUACAUUACUUGCUUCCAAUACCAAUUAAAAGCAUCCUUCCAGAUCAUGUGGCUAUUCCUUUGAUUCGUCUAUGUUCCUUCUUCCAACAUUUGUGUAAAAAAUUUAUCAUAUUGGAGGAACUAGAUUGCUUAGAAGUAGAGAUCAGGGAAACAAUAAAUCAGUUGGAGCGAAUUUUUCCUCCGUCAUUUUUUGAUAUAAUGAUUCAUUUGCCUAUUCAUUUGGUGAAUGAAGUGAGAUUAGGCGGUCCAGUUCAGAACCGAUGGAUGUAUUCCACUGGAAGAGAAAUGGGUACAUUCAAAUCAUAUAUCCGCAACAGACGUUAUCCAGAAGAUUGCAUAGAAGAAGCGCGUGUGGGAAUAGACUGUAUGAAUUUUUUUUCUAGAUAUCUGCAUAGGGCAGUACAAACCAGAUUUAACAGAAGAGCCCGAAAUAAUGAUGAAUGUGACCCAAGUGAUGCAGAAACAGUGAGUUUGUUUCCUAAAAAGGGAUGUCCUUUAGGAGCAAAGAAAACUGAUCCAGUUAGUUUAGAUAACAAGUCACUAAGUCAGGCACAUGCAUACUUAUUGGGAAAUUGUGAUGAGAUUAAAGAAUAUAUUAGAGAGCAUGAGCAAGAGGUUAAUAAUCAUCCGCGAAGAUCUAAAUGGAGCAAGGCCAAGGAUCAUUGUCAAAACUUCUCUCAAUGGUUAGAAAUUCAUGCUUUGCAAGAGGAUGUGCCUGAUUUGAUAAAAGAACUGUGUAGAGGACCAAAUUAUGUUGCUAAAAGAUACUCUGGGUAUCUCAUUAAUGGAUAUAGAUUCCAUAUUAGGCAACGUGAUGCAAGGCGUAAAACACAAAAUAGUGGUGUUACAGUUGUUGCCUCAACUACAAGCUUUGCAAGCUCAAAGGAUAAGAACCCGAUUGCUGCAGAUUUGACUUAUUAUGGUAGAAUAGUUGAUAUAGUUGAGUUAGACUAUUUUAGUCAUUUUAAGGUUGUUCUGUUUAAGUGCGAUUGGUAUGAGGUUGAAAAAGAUAUUUAUGGCCUUACUUAUGUCUAUUUUAACAAGAGAUGCUCUCAGGAAGAGCCUUUUGUGCUUGCAUCUCAAGUACAUCAAUGCUUCUAUGUGCAAGAUCCAUAUGAUCAAGAUAGACAUUAUGUUAUGAAGAAUGUUCCGAGAGACUUGUUUGACAUGAGUGAUGAAUUUGAAUCUGAUCUCCCACAAAGUUAUGAAAAUGAGUUGUCUGAACACUUGAUGGGACCAUCCAUACCAGAAGAUGAUGGUGAAGUUACCUUAGUAAGGAUUGAUGUACCAGAAACUGUUAUUAAUGUGCCUUCAGAGGAAUUUGUUACUCAACAACUUGAGGUUGAGUAUGAAAAAGAGUUUGAAGAUUAG